AUGCACGGGAGUCUGUUUGUGCUGCUUGUGUUGUCAGGGCUCUUCUGGAGCAGUUCUGCUCUUUCUCGUCAGUACCACUAUAUAAAUGCGAGCAUGUCGUGGCCAGAGGCUCAGAGUUUCUGCAGAGAGAGAUUCACCGAUCUGGCUACUGUAGACAGCAUUGCUGAUGUGAACAGGCUGGUAAAUAUAGUGGAUGCUGGAUACAAUGGAUCAGUGUGGAUUGGACUGAAGAAGGGGACACAGAAACGCUGGGGUUGGUCUAACGGAGAUGCAAUCGGACAGUUCAAUAACUGGUUCAACGGUGAACCACAGAGUUCAAGCGACUGUGGUAUAAUUGAAGUAGAUUCAUGGAGGAGUUUUGUAUGCUCAUAUUCCACUCGCUUUUCAUGUUACAAUAAAAGCACUGGAUACCUCAGGAUAGAUUUGUCGAAAAAUUGGACUGAUGCUCAGAACUACUGCAGAAUGUAUCACACAGAUCUGUCCACCAUGCACAACAGAGAGGAUUCAUCUCGUGUACAUAAACUUAUUACAUAUCCACAGCUCAUGUGGGUUGGUCUGUUCCAGGACUCUUGGGAAUGGUCUGACAACUGUAGCCGCUUCUUCAGAUACUGGGCAGCAGGUCAACCAUCCCAGAGUUCAGGAUCUGGUGACUGUGUUGGUAUGUCAAGAAAUAAUUCUGGGAAAUGGGCUCAACACAGAUGUGAUCUACGGCAGCCUUUUGUCUGCCAUGGAGGUGAACUAUUGCCUUAUAUAUACCACUAUAUAAAUGCGAGCAUGUCGUGGCCAGAGGCUCAGAGUUUCUGCAGAGAGAGAUUCACCGAUCUGGCUACUGUAGACAGCAUUGCUGAUGUGAACAGGCUGGUAAAUAUAGUGGAUGCUGGAUACAAUGGAUCAGUGUGGAUUGGACUGAAGAAGGGGACACAGAAACGCUGGGGUUGGUCUAAUGGAGAUGCAAUCGGACAGUACAGUAACUGGCUCAGCGGUGAACCACUGAGUGCAAACGACUGUGCUUUGAUUGGAGUAAAUACAUGGAGGACUGCUGGAUGCACAUAUUCCACUCGCUUUUCAUGUUACAAUGAAAGCACUGGACACCUCAGGAUAGAUUUGUGGAAGAAUUGGACUGAUGCUCAGAACUACUGCAGAAUGCAUCACACAGAUCUGUCCACCUUGCUCAACAAAUCGGAUUCGUCUCGGGUACAUAAACUUGUUAUAGUUCCAGAGGUUAUGUGGGUUGGUCUGUUCCAGGACUCUUGGGAAUGGUCUGACAACUGUAGCCGCUUCUUCAGAUACUGGGCAGCAGGUCAACCAUACCAGAGUUCAGGAUCUGGUGACUGUGUUGGCAUGUCAAGAAAUAAUUCUGGGAAAUGGGCUCAACACAGAUGUGAUCUACGGCAGCCUUUUGUCUGCCAUGGAGAUGAAAAAAAGUUUGCUAGAAAACAGACUGUCAAACUGAAAUUGUCCUGUAAUGGAAAAUGCGCAUUGAAUGAUCAUUCAGUACAGACGGCCAUUCUGAAAGAGAUAAGUGAAAAGCUGAAGAGCAUGGGGCUGGGAAAUGACAGCAAAAUAAGCUGGAGAAGGGUUGAAGGUGAAGAGGUGUUUCAUGAAGAGAUCAACCAACGAAACAGCCAAAUGAGGACUCAGCGGAGAAUGGGCUCACACCAUCCACCAGCCUCUAACGUCAGCAGCCCCCUCUACCAACGCAUCCUCCAGUUCCAGGCCCUGAGCUCCCUCCGUCAGCAGGGCACUGAGGUGAGGAAGUUUGCCCUGAGGUUCUGUGGUGCAGCAGAGAGUUUGGGGUACAAUGAUGCGGCCCUCAAGGACCUUUUCAAUAGUGCCCUUGAGGAGCCCCUCAAAUGGUGGAGGAUGAGGGGGCUGGACCACCUGACGUUUGGGGAAUUUGUGGAGUUCCUGGCACGUUCCCCAGCUAGGGUAGCUGGAGUGCCUCAGGCAGUGCUCGCCGAAGCUGCAGCACCUCCAGUGGUGGCCGACAAAGCUGCAGAAGCUGCAGGGCCCCCAGCGGCAAUCAAAAGGGUGUCAGAGGCCUCGUCUGCCGCACCCAAUACCUCCAGCCCGCUUCCAGAGCGUCCCGGGCUGAUACGAAGCGUGCAGGAACCCCCACUGAUGUCAAUGCGAGCGGCGUGGUCUGCUCGCGCUCCCGAGGCGGCGGUACCCGCUCACGUUCCUCCCGAGGCUGCGCUCAGUGUACGCACUUUGGAGUGCAUGGACUUCGAAGGCCACACCUCCGAAGUGCACGAAGGACCCUUGGAAGUGCUUGAGACGCUCCGCUUUUGCAGGAUUUCCUAA